UUCACGCUGUCCGGUGGCACUGUUUGCCGUGUGAUUCUUCGACUAAAAACCUGAAAAUCUGCUGCAAAAAUGGUGCAUUACGUGAAAAUGGAAGAUGGCAAGGUGAUGCCGAUUCAGGAGAUGCUGAAAAGCAUCGAACGGUACAAUCCGGAGCACCUGAAGGUAAUCGAGGCAUACGUUGAGGAACAGGCGCGUGAUAACCAGUACGAUCUGGAGGCCAAUUUAGCCUGCCUGAAGCUGUACCAGUUCAACCCGCAUCUGCUAAAUUUGGACAUCACGUACAUCAUUCUCAUGAAAGCACUCACCAACUUCCCGCACACCGACUUUGUGCUGUGUAAAUGCUUGUUGCUUCCGGCGCAGAUGAACGAUGAGAUGGUGAAGGAGAUCAUCUAUCUGGCCGAUAUUCUGGAAAAGUGUGACUUUUCGCUCUUCUGGUCGCGCGUAGGCAAAAACCCGGAAAACUAUCAGAAGAUCAGUGGCUUCUACGACUCAAUUCGCAAGUUUGUAUGCCACGUUGUGGGCAUUACGUUCCAGACAAUCGACCGUGGCUACCUUAUGCGGCUGCUCGGAAACGUGGAAGAUAAUGUGCUCCGCGGUUGGCUCAAGCGCUAUGGCUGGAAGGAGGAGGGCAAUUUCGUGACUAUCGCCACGCAGGAGGACAGCAUCAAAACGAAGCACAUUACCGAGAAGAUUGACUUCGAAAAUCUGGCCCCGUUGAUGGCCAACUGCCUCUAAGCCGGAGUUUGGAGAAAUAAAUUGCUUUCUUUAACUUGAAC